CGAGAGCCUCACAUAUACAUCGAUAUAUGAGAAUCUCUAUGCUCGUCCUCCACGAUGCCUCCCACGCAUAAGGGAAGGCAAGCCAGUCCUGGCCCGAUCGCGCCUGCCAAUGCUACGACGCCCAACGAACGCUUCUCAGUUUAUCAGUUGAAAGUCAUCGAUGUCUGCCUUCGCCAGACCGGAUUCGACUUUCGAGGCUAUGCUUGCGGCCCCGUUGCCGAAGAUGAAUGGGAUGCCCUCAAGCUCCUUCACCUUGAUUUCGCACUUCCAACAGCCGAUCCUAGCUUGACUACGACUGCAUCUCGUCUUUGCACCAUCAUCCAUGCUGCUGCUCAAUGUCUCGAAGGCGCUGACUACACCGUUCGUGAUGCAACAUUCUGGGAGGAAGUGAAGAAGCUUCUGUCCGACGACAGCACCUUCCAGGCGGCUUUCACCUCCGACUUUGUCAAGUUCGACACCGUUCUCUACCGAUAUUACUCAGCAUUUGUGACCUUCAGGGACCAGAACCCUGGCAUGUCUCGCACACUUAUCAAGGAGCCUUAUACUACCAGUGCCGAGAGCAAAGCGGAAGAUAUCAUGGAACUCAAUGGAACCACUGUCGAACCCCACCUCUCCUCCAAGAACGAACUCCUUGCGGCAACGGAUGAGUACAUUCGACAGACUCCCAAGCUGGAGGAAACUUACAAGGAAGCUUACAACAAGGGAAAGCGCGAGGGUGAAAGUGCGUCCAGGAUCAAGCUCCAAGAAUUGAGAGAUCAGAUACGGAAGGAAGAGACCGACUUGUUCACACUGAACAGGACAACUAUGGAUCGAAAUCGCCAGGUGAUACAGGAGAACAAGUGCAUCACAAAGGAAUUUGAAGAUCUGCGUGCUGAAAACUAUGAGCUUCGCAGACUCAACAAAGAGCUCAUUGAGCUCCGAGAGGCAUCGCCGAAGCAGAUCACAGCCAACAGGCCGGAAGAAAGCACUGGGAAGGGACAAAAUGACUUUGCUUUCGGUGAAGUGAUUGACCUGUUGGGUUAAAACUUCGAUAACUGGUUUCUGG